AUGAACGGCUUACAAGACGAGAGGGACGCCCCUCACGCGACAGUCCCGAUCUGCGAGGAGAAAGACAUCGAGAUCAUCAUCACCCACAACAUUGGUGAUGUGACAGAUACGGAGAAAGAUGUCCAAACAUCAGCGGUCAUGUCUAGUCAGGGAUUCCAGACCGAUUAUGAGUUCAGCAGCGUUAGCAGCGGGCCAGAGAAGCAGGGCAUGUCCAAGGCCCGUAGCAUCGCCCUCGUCACAACCGUCAGCGGUGCAAGCUUCAUAAACACUCUCUCAGUACAAGCCGUGGUCAUCAUCCUCCCCACCAUCGGUCGAGACAUCGGCAUCCCAGAGUCACGUCUCCAAUGGAUCGUCUCAGCUUACUCUCUCACAUUCGGAUGCUUCCUCCUCCUCUGGGGCCGUAUCGCCGACAUAUAUGAUAAGCGCAUCAUCUUCAUCGCUGGCACAGCUUGGCUUGCCGUCAUGACCAUCGCCAACCCCUUCAUCCCCAACGAGAUCGCCUUUAAUGUCUUCCGCGGCUUACAAGGUCUAGGCGCCGCCGCCAACGUACCAACAGCGAUCGGAAUCCUGGGAACAACAUUCCCUCCCGGAAAGGCAAAGACGUAUGCAUUUGUGGCAUAUGGAGCUGGUGUGCCCCUGGGAAGCACCUUCGGCACCAUUCUGUCUGGCUUCAUCGCCGAGUACGCCAACUGGAAGUGGGUAUUCGGCGUCAUGGCUAUUCUCGCAGGUCUAGUUGCUGUCGCGGGUAUCUUUUUUAUCCCUCCUGCUGCGCCAAUGCUGCCCAAGAAGGGUGCUAGUGCUAGAAAGUCGGUUGACUGGAUCGGUGGAGCUUUGAUUACGGUCGGUCUCCUGGCUCUCAUGUUGGCACUCACUGAGGGCAACGUCGUUGGCUGGAAGACUCCUUGGAUCUCGGUUCUCGUCGUCGUCUCAUUCAUCAUUAUGGGAGUCUUCUGGUUCUGGCAGCGUCAUCUUGAGUUCAAGACAAAUCGCCUUCCGCUUAUGAAGACCUCCAUCUUCCACAGCGGGAAGUUCUGUGCCGCGCUCGCCAUCAUGGCCAUGUUCUUCGCCUCAUUCAACAACUUCCUCAUAUUCGCGACCUACUUCUACCAGGACUACCAGGCUAAGUCCAUCCUCACAACCACGCUUUACUUCCUUCCCACCGGUAUUGGCGGAAUCAUGGUGGCCUGGGCAGCUGCGCUUCUCAUUUCACGUGUGCCAACGUAUAUACUCCUCGUGUGCGGCAACGUCUCCGUCUCCAUCGCGUGCUUGCUCUUCGCGACACCGAUACCCCCGAGCACAUCAUACUUCGCCUACGGACUACCUGCUAUGAUCCUAUCAGUCAUCGGCGCGGAUAUGGCAUGGCCCACCCUCAUCCUAUUUGUCUCCAAGGCCGUGCCCCAGGAAGACCAGGCUCUUGGCGGCGCGCUCGUCAACUCUGUGGGGCAAGUUGGCCGGUCCAUCGGCCUGGCCAUCUCCACAGCCGUCCAGACAACCAUCAUGGCCAAGGCCAGGGGUGUAUCGGUCGAGGAAGCGGGUCCAGUGUUGGAGUGGGACCAGCCGUCGUUGGACGGACUGCGGGCCGCCAACUGGAUGAACUUUGCGCUCGGGAUCACGUCUCUUACGAUUGUGGUGGUAUUUUUCCGUAGCUCAGAGAUUGUCGGCAGGGCCGAGCCGUCUGAGGCUAAAAGAUCAGAGGCCGAGGGUGCCGUCGUGAAUGGGGAUGAUGCGGACAUUGAGAAGAGAUAG